AAUUAAUUUAGCAGUGGAAAUGGAAAGAAAAAUGUGACCCGAGAGCACGUGUACCUCAGUGCCUGCGUGAUGACGUCAUCCAACGGUCUGACGUACCGCAAAAUGGUGGUGCCCUUGUUACAAUGGGGUCUGUUGUUCACUUGUUAGCCAACUUAUUGUGAUCAACUGUGGAUUAUUGCUACAACUGCCUGAUUCAGGCGAUUUAUUCGGACGUCUACAUGUUAAAGCAGUCCAGCACAGCGGGUCCAUCCACCGCCUCUCCUCAAUCAAUGAAGGAAUCCAAGGAAAACUCGUCAAUGACGGGCCAGGCAAUCUUGGACCAUAUAAAACCAUGCUGGUACUGGGACAAGAAGGAUUUAGCCCACACGCCCUCUCAGUCUGAGGGUCUGGACCCUGGCACAGAGGCCCGGUAUCGCAGAGAAGGGGCUCGCUUCAUAUUCGACGUGGGGACCCGACUUGGCUUACACUAUGACACACUGGCAACGGGCAUCAUAUAUUUCCACCGCUUCUACAUGUUUCACUCCUUCAAGCAGUUUCCCAGAUAUGUGACGGGAGCUUGUUGUCUUUUCUUGGCUGGUAAAGUGGAGGAAACCCCAAAGAAGUGCAAAGAUAUCAUUAAAACUGCCCGCAGCCUCCUGAAUGAUGUGCAGUUUGCCCAGUUUGGAGAUGAUCCCAAGGAAGAGGUGAUGGUGUUGGAGAGAAUUUUGCUCCAGACGAUCAAGUUUGACCUGCAGGUGGAGCACCCCUACAUGUUCCUGCUGCGCUAUGUCAAGCAGCUCAAAGGGGAGAAGAAUAAAGUGUGCAAGGUGCUGCAAAUGGCUUGGACCUUUGUCAACGACAGCCUGUGCACCAUGCUGUCUCUGCAGUGGGAGCCGGAGAUCAUCGCGGUCGCUGUCAUGUACCUGGCUGGCCGCCUGUGCAAAUUCGACAUCCAGGAAUGGACCAACAAGCAGUCUACACGCCGCUGGUGGGAGCAGUUUGUCCAGGACGUUCCAGUGGAGCUACUUGAAGACAUUUGCCACCAGAUCCUGGACCUGUACUCUCAGGGAAACAAACCCAUCCCUCAGCAGAUGCAGGAGAAGGAGAGGGCACCUGCUGCUCCGAUCUCUGCUCCUCCAGCUCCACAGGGACAACCGCCAGCCGCUAACCCUCCUCCCCCACCACCAAAAAAGACUUCCCCUCAGGGUGGUAGCCCGUCACGCCAGCUUAAACGCUCACAUACGUCCCCCAAAGAUGAACCAAAGGCUCCAGAACAAGUUGGAUCAAAGAUUCCUCGACUGGAGAGCCCCAUGCCUCCACUACCCACAACGCAGCCUCCCCCAGCUCCUCCCGCAGAAGCAGAACCAGGAAAUGAAACAGCUCCUCCUCCCCCACAGGCUCCACCUCCACACCAGCCUCCUCCGCUGCCCCACCGCCCUCCUCCUCCACCACCUUCCAACUACUUGAUGUCCACAACGAGCUCUUAUAUGUCUGGUGAAGGCUACCAGAGCCUACAGUCCAUGAUGAAGACUGAGGGUCCCUCCUACUCCAUGCCGCCCAGCUACGCACCCCCAAUGUAUCACGUCUAUCCACCACCUUCAGCACCUCCUCCUGGGCCACCACCUCCUCCCUCCACAUACCCACCACCCAGCUUGCCACCAUCCUAUCCACCACCGGUCUACAACAACUACCCCCCGCCACCGCCUCCACGCAUGCCACCAGGCCACGUGCCUCCACCAGGGAUGGCCCUUCCACCCACUGGGUACCCUCCUCCACCUCCAGUGCCUCCAGGACAGUCACAGGUGCCCUUGCCCCCUCCGCCUGGUAUGCCUAUGAACCGUGGCGCAUGGAUGAGAUGAGAACGUGAUAAGUCUGUGAACUGAGCUUGUGCAGAGCCACAACUGGGGCGAAUAAAAACAACCAGGAUCUUGUUAUCCUGGAGCAAAACAGGAAAAGCGGAGCUGCUUCAUGACUUAACCUCUGAUAGAGAGGUGCAGGGUUGUGAAAGAAAGCGUGUAGGUAAAUGGACU